AUGGAUUCAGAUAUACCCUUUACAUCAUUAGCACCACCUAUGUUCAAUGGUAACAAUUACCAUAUUUGGGCUGCUCGAAUGGAGGCUCAUCUAGAGGUAAAUGAUCUUUGGAAAACUGUUGAAGAGAAGUAUGUAGUGCCAAAAUUACAAGCUAACCCAACACUGGCACAGAUGAAGAAUCACAAGGAGAAGAAGACAGGGAAGUCAAAGGCAAGGGCUACUAUGUUUGCUGUUGUGUCAUCUGAGAUUUUUAUCAGGAUAAUGACCAUAAAGUCAGAAUUUAAGAUGAAGGAUUCAAAGACCAUCAAAGAGUACUCUAACAAAUUACUCACAAUUGUCAACAAGGUAAGAUUGCUUGACACUAAAUUUCCUAAUUCUAGAUUGGUUCAAAAGGUGUUGGUAACUGUUCCUGAAAGGUUUGAGGCUAUCAUUUCCUCAUUAGAGAACACUAAAGACCUAUCAAAAGUCAGUCUUGUAGAAAUCUUGAGUGCCUUUCAGGCACAAGAACAAAGAAGAUUGAUGAUGAAUAAAGAGUUUGUAGAAGGAGCAUUUCCAGCAAAAGUGUAG